UGAUUUUUUAUAUUAUUGCCUGGUCGUGAUAAAAGGUGGUAAACUGUUAUUUUCUGGUGACAUAAGGAUUUUUUUUUUUUUAAAUUCCGUCAACAGCAAAGAUUGAAGUGAAUUGUUGUAACAAUAGACAAUGUGAAACUGCUUAAUUCAGAUCACACAGAGUAGGGCAGUGCAUUAGGAUUGUAUCUAUGUAGAAGGUCGCCUAUACUCUUCUGUGGGCUGUUUUGUGUCGAGAAUCUGUAACGUUACUUUCUUAAAGGUUUGAAGGACUUCUCAAGCCAUUCAGUGGCGUUUACUUGUGCUAAUGGCUGCAUAGAAAAGGAUAAAAAACAGAGGCAAAACUUACAGCAGUUGUGGAUUCCACCAGAAGAAGAUUAUUUGACAAAUGCAAGAUUUUAAUUGCUGUUACUGUAAAGCAGUGCACCUAGGCCUAAUCAAAACCAAACCUGUCUUUCAUUGUUGCUUGCAAUUGCUUCUGCAGUGAAGAAGGUAGUGGUAAGCAAAAUCUUCCUAACCUAACCUCACUUAACCUACCCCAAGUUAGGUUAGGGAUUAUAAGUGUUUCUGAAAGGUGUUGCAGUUAUACCCAAUUCAUACUGACUGAAUCUAGCCUAUAUUUACCACAAAGUCUUCACUCUAAAAAUGCAGUCCAGUGAUUUAAUAUUUCAAUAGACAAGAUAAGAGUACUUAGGCCUACCUUUCCCACUGGCAAAGAGCUGCCCACUCCAGCUAUGUCAGCCCCAAUGAUCAACAAACUCGACGAGCUGCUAGACCGACUUGGGACCGGUUGGUGGAGCAUCUUGCACUAUGUCACCAUGGGGUAUUGUAUGGCUCUACCAACAAGCCACGCCCUCUCCGGCGCUUUCAUAGCGCCCAGAGUCAAGUUCACCUGUGUAGGAGUAGGACACCCACCACCUGAGAUUUCAGACACCUUCGUCAGUGAUGAUCUCCUUAAGUUACAGAAUGCCAGUGAAGCUCCCGAAUUUCCUGAAAGACACUUUAAUAAUAGUGACAGGUACUGCUCCCAUUACGAUGGAGUCAACGAGAGCAUGCAGUGUAUUGAGUGGGAUUUCGACAAGUCUGUCUUUACAAAUACCAUUACAUCCGAGUUCGAGCUGAUAUGUGAGAGGAGCUACCUGAGGGCGACUUACCAAAGCAUUUACAUGGGCGGGGUAUUCGUCGGAUCGCUCCUGAGCGCGAUUUUGGCCGACAAGUAUGGCCGAAAAGGGGUGUUAGUCUUCGGGGUCAUUGCUUUCACCACUCUCGGUCUGGCUUCCAGCUGGAUGGGUAACCUGUCAGCCCUGCUAAUCUGCCGAUUUCUAAUGGGAGUUAUCAUGCCUUUUAUGUCCAACGCUUGCUACAUAAUGGUGGUAGAGAUAGCCGAGGCUCGCCUUCGACCUCGUCUGGGCAUAUUAGCAGGUAUGCCCUGGGCAUGCGCUGUCAUGGUCUGGGGCGGGCUGGGGUACCUGAUCAGAGACUGGAGAUGGCUCCUGUUCGUGACAUCUGCCACGGGGAUUUUCAUCAUACCUGUUCUGUGGUUUAUAGACGAAUCUCCCAGGUGGCUCGCUGUGAAAGGUCACCACCAGAGGGCUCUGAAAGUGCUCAAGAGAGCUGGGAGCUGGAACCGAGCAGAAUUACCAGCUGACGAAGACGCCCUCGAGAUUCUUAUGGAAAGUCGCGAUCAUAACGCACCUACCGGCAGCAAACCGAGGAAUAGAGGAAUGAAAGAAGUUGUAUUCGAGAAGAUAAAAGAGACAGCCAUACUUUUCAGGACUCCCAAACUGCGCUGGAUCACCAGCAUCCUUUACGUGGACUACCUGAUCGUCAACUUGGUCUACUACGGUCUCUCCUUGAACGGCGGGAACCUGAGCGAUGACCCUUUCCUCUUCAUGGUCCUCUCCGGGCUCAUGGAAGCUCCCGCCUACUCUCUUCCAGUGCCCAUCGUUUCCAGGUUCGGCAGGCGAGUUCCAGGAGCCCUCAGCUUCCUUCUGAGCGGCGUUGCGCUUCUGGCUGUAUCUCCUCUGCCUAAGGAAUACGGAUGGCUAAUCAUGAUCCUGGCCAUGGCUGGGAAGGUGGCCAUAUCCACGGCCUUCCAGAUCAUCAUCUUCUAUUCGUCGGAACUUUUCCCCACCGAAGUUCGGAGACGAGGACUAGGAACUUGCUUCAUGGUGUCCAGGAUCGGGUCGAUCGUGUCGCCUUUUGUCACCGAGAUUCUUGGGACUACUUUCCCAUGGGCCCCAUCGCUUCUGUUUGGUACGUGUUCCGUCAUAGCAAGCAUUGCUAUGCUGACCUUGCCUGAGACUUCUGGGAUUGCUCUCCCAGACACCAUUGCUCAGCUGGAGCAACGCCAGGAUAAAGUGAGGUCAUGGAGAAUCUUCAGACUUCCUGGGAGGCAAAAUCACGAAAUGACGGACAAAGAAGAGUCCACAGACCGUCUGUGAUUUUUUUUAUUAGGGUAGCAAACAAUGAGGACCAGAAUAUGUUUCCUGGUCAAGUCACAAAGCGUCAAAUUUCUUUCCCAUUGAGAUGUUAUUACCUUUUAUCUCAUGUUUUUUCUUUUCUAUCACUUUUAUCUCAUUCUAAAUUAUUUUUUUCUAUGUCCAGAGUUAUACUUUCUUUUGUAAAUAAA